AUGGCGGCCUGGCAGAAGCUUCCGGUGACCAUGGUUCACACUUCAGGAUGGAUUACGGGUCCAGAGAUGAGCAAAAUGGAGUCAGGGAGUCACCUUGGGAGUUGGCUCAGAGAAGCUCAGAGGACACUUACUGCGGGUGCCCUGACGUCACGGCGGCAGCCUGAGGAAUUAGCUCGCAUGCCUAUGGGACUCCCCGUCGAGAGGGAAAAUGUGCAGAAGAGGACUUUCACACGAUGGAUAAACCUACACCUCGAAAAGUGCGACCCACCUCUAGAAGUUACAGACCUGUUUGUUGAUAUCCAAGAUGGCAAAAUCCUAAUGGCUUUGUUAGAAGUCCUCUCUGGGCGAAAUCUGCUGCAUGAAUACAAAUCCUCAUCACAUCGUAUUUUUCGGUUGAACAACAUAGCAAAAGCACUUAAGUUUCUGGAAGAUAGCAAUGUCAAGCUGGUUAGCAUUGAUGCAGCAGAAAUAGCGGACGGAAACCCCUCGCUGGUUCUCGGGCUGAUAUGGAACAUCAUUCUCUUCUUCCAGAUAAAGGAGCUCACGGGCAACCUCAGCAGGAGUUCUCCAUCUUCCAGCUUGUCACCUGGCUCGGGGGGCACAGACUCCGACUCCUCCUACCCACCCACCCCCACCACGGAAAGGAGUGUGGCGGUAGCAGUGAAAGACCAGAGAAAGGCCAUCAAGACCCUGCUGGCCUGGGUGCAGAGGAAAACAAGGAAGUAUGGCGUGGCCGUCCAAGACUUUGCGGGCAGCUGGAGGAGUGGGCUGGCUUUCCUGGCUGUCAUCAAAGCUAUUGACCCCAGCCUGGUGGACAUGAAGCAGGCUCUGGAGGACUCCACCCGGGAAAAUCUAGAGAAGGCCUUCAGCAUUGCACAUGAUGUUCUUCACAUUCCCAGGCUCCUGGAGCCGGAAGAUAUCAUGGUUGACAUGCCGGAUGAGCAGUCCAUUGUGACUUAUGUGGCGCAGUUUCUAGAACGCUUUCCGGAGUUGGACCCUGAAGAUUUUGUGAAUCCAGACAAAGAAGCCCCCAUUGAGUCCACCUUUGUCCGAAUCAAAGAAAGCCCUUCUGAACAGGAAAGCCGAGUCCUUCUCCUCAGCGAGAAUGGAGAGCGGGCCUACACUGUCAACCAUGAAACCAGCCACCCACCACCUGCCAAGGUCUUUGUCUGUGACCAGGCUGAGAGCGCCAAGGGCUUCAGUCUGGCUGGUACGCUGGACAGCUCCACAGAGUUUAUGUACCAGAUUAUCGACCAGGUCCUCCCGGGGAGCCCGGGAAAGGCUGGAUCUACCAACGAGGCAGCUCCAGAAUCUUCCAUUUUAUCAACCAGAAAGGAUGGCCGGAGGUCCAACUCUUUGCCAAGCAAGAAAACUGUCCACUUUGAGGCUGACUUGCACAAGGAUGCCUCGUGUAGCAAGGACCCUUUCUACAGCUCAGACUUCCGCUUUGAGGGGAGCCCAAAGGCGGCAAAGGACCUGUCAAAGCAGGAUGGCCACGUCUUAUUGGUUGAGGUUGCCAAGGAAAAGAAGCCAGAACAGGAAGCCAGGCCAGUGCUAGAAGCUGCCUCAGACAAGGUCCCUGGAGACAUUAGUGUGGAUGGUCUGUCCCAUGAUGCUCAGUCUCCCCAGGACUCCUCAUUCUACAAUGGCACUGUAGAAAGUCCAAUCAGCCAAGGUGAGAAAAGCCCCUCUCCCCCAUGCCCUGGAGAUCACACUAUCCUGGCCAACUCCACUGAGCUCAGGGUCCAGCUGCAGACUGCCGAGCCUAUGGACAAAGAUGACUAUUUUGAAGCCAUCCCACUAAAGGCUUCGAAGUUUAACAGAGACCUAGCAGAUUUCGCCUCCACCAGCCAGGCUUUUGGUAAGGCUCCACCACCCCAUGAGAAGACAUCUGAGGAAGAAGAGGGUUCCGAGAAUCACACUGAGAAACUGGGGAAAAGGAAAUCAAAGUCUCCCCACACAGAGACAGAGUCCACUGACUCCGAAGUGGACCCCCACGAGCUCAAGCCUCCUCCCAAGGGCCCCGAACGGGAAGAUUGUGGCCAUCCUUUGCCUCCAGAAGGAACACCUGCAGAUAAAAAGCCCGAAGUGUAUGAAAAGGCCAAGAGAAAAUCCACCCGGCACCGCAGCGAGGAAGAAGGAGAAACAGAAAGCGCCGUUUCCGGGGUUGGCAGAGAAAUGGUGUCCAAUCCUCCGAGUACCGGCGUCAGCCUGGAGACCCUCAGGAGUCACAGUGAAGAGGGCUUGGAUUUCAAACCUUCCCCACCACUCUCCAAGAUCUCCGUCAUCCCCCACGACCUGUUUUACUACCCACACUACGAGGUGCCCCUGGCCGCAGUGCUGGAGGCUUACGCAGAAGGUGGGGAGGAUUUAAAAAGUGAAGACGUAGAGCUGGAGGGGCAGGAAGAGAGCUAUAUGCAGGACUCCAGGGACGAGGAUGAGGAGGCCCACAGCUCCCAAAGCAGCUGCAGUUUCUCCUUGCCUGUUGACAACAGCCACCCCAGCGUCAGUGACCAGGCAUCCCAUGUCGACGGGAACUCUGAGGGGCCCACCUCAGCCUCAGGACCCGUUUCUCUGCCCUCCCAAAAGGACCACCAACCAAGGGAAACCAAAGAGAAUGGUCCUGGGGAGAGCCAUCAGUCCCAAGAACCCUCAAACCCGGAACUCCCCACAAAGCUGUUAGAAGAAAAGUUAAUGGAAACCUCAACCAGCAGUAAAAAGAAAGAAAAAAGGAAACAUGUGGACCAAGUAGAAAGCUCAUUAUUUAUAGCCCCUGGGACUGUCCGCUCCUCAGAUGACCUUGAAGAAAACCCCUGUGAACACAGGGUCCCUUCCAGGAAUAGUCACAGUGACUCCAGCAUUUACAUUCGGCGACAUGCUAAUAGGUCUUUGGAAUUGGACCACUUUAGCUAUGUUCAGUUGAGGAACGCAGCCGAUCUGGAUGACAGGAGAAACAGAGUGCUAAACAGGACUGGCACCAACCCCUCUGGAGAAGCUGUGGCCCUGGGGAGCCAGAGUCCACCCAACGACUCCUUGACACAGUUUGUACAACAGCCCGAUGUGAUCUAUUUCAUUCUCUUCCUCUGGCUCCUGGUUUACUGCUUGCUACUCUUCCCCCAGCUUGAUGUCAGUCGGCUCUGAAACGUGUCUGGAGAAUAAAAAGUCAGGACCCUGACCAGGGUGGAGUCUUCCUACCGCAUCUUACUGUCUGUUCAGGGUCGAGCCACUUCUAAGAGAUGGAAGACCUCGGAGGGAACACAGGCCCCACCUCCUGCCGCUGUCUGGUUCAGUCUUUGCUCGCGUUUCCCCUUGAUUCUCUAAGACCCUCGAGCGUGCUUUCCUCCCUCACUGUGUGCUCCAAGCUCAGGUUUGAGGCUGGAUCUGUGGACAGGAUAUCUCCUUAUGUGCCUUGUUUGGUCAGAUGCGAGUCUUUCCUAAUGUGUACCCCAAACCUGGGUCUUAGCAUGUGCACAUGCAGGUUUCUAAGGUCCUGGAGGAGCUUGGGUUACUUACUUUUACCUUAGGGGAGGGUCUGUCUGAUUUCGAGAAGGAACAGAAUCCACAGUAGGAAGAAAGGGGCCCAAUUUUCCUCCAAGUGUUUGAGUGAAGAUCCUACGACUCCCACGAACCUGUUCCAGCCUGAGGAUCCAUUACGUUGACUGGGGGAGUUCAAUAGCUCAUACCUGCCAUCUCCCCAGGAAUUACACCUGGGCGUUGGCAGACUCCAAAGAAGUCACUGGUAUUUUGCCUUGGUGUCCUCUGAGGGUUGCAUUUUUUUUUUAAUUCACUUUCGUAUUGAUUGGUUUGAGGUAGAGCUGUAGUUUGCAAGCCUUCAUGCCAGCAGGACCUCCUACAGAAGAAAGCAGAGAAGGGGCCAGACUAGAACUGCAUCAAAAGCAAGGCUCCUGCUUACUGGGAUAGCCCUGAGGCUCCCUCCCACUCUAUAUGGAACCUGAAGUCUCUGUGAGGCAGCAUGAGGAGCGCCCCCUCAUGGGGGUGGGAGAUGGAGGGGAGGAGAUCGCUGGAAGUGCCCAGGCCGGAAUAAGCUCCCACGAACACAGAACUGGGAGCGUUCCUGCAGGUUUCAGGGUGCCCACCUUGGCACCAGCACCCUUCUCAGCAACCAUAACAGAUAUUCCAAGGCUUUCUGCAAAGUGCCAAGGUGUAGGCUGGGGCAGGCAGCUUGCAAAAGGAGAAAGGUUUCUUUCCUCACCCUCCUGUCAUCCUCAGCUCCCACCGUAGCAUCCUCUGUGUUCUUCUCUGUGAAGACUCAGGUCUGGGAAGACUCUAGGCUUCUCCUCCCCUUCCCAUCCCUCUUAAGUAUCUCCUAGGCGGCCCUUAUAAAACCAUAAACUGUUAGUCUCAGGAGGGGGCCUCAGGGAGCAUCUUGUUUCGCUGAACUCAGAGAGGCAGAGCAGGCUGGCCAAUGUCACACAGCCCACUCGAAACAGACUGGCCAUGAGCCCCCAGUCCAGAACUGUUGUUUUUGUAGAAAACUUCAAGUCAGGUACACAAAUAUCCUGAAAAAGCUAAGUAAAAUGUCCUCACUCUAACAAAGCCAUCACUUUUAGACCUUCUAUUAGUCCUUGAUCUUAUCCUUAGCUCCUUCUAGAAUGUUCUUGACAUCUGUAAAAGCUUAUGUAUUGGUGACUUCUCCUGCUGCUGUGACAAAGUAACUGACAAAAACAACUUAAGAGAUGAGGGGGGAGGAGGUGAGCUGGGGCUCAGAGUUCCAGGGUACCAUCUGUGAUAAACAGGGUGUGGGGAUCAUAGCAGCAGGAGCGUGAGGCAACUGGCCACACUGUGUCCACAGUCAGGAAGCAGAGAGAGAUGGACGAUGGUGCUCAGCCACUUUCUCCCUUCUGUUCAGGGCGGGACCCCCAGCCCACAGAAGGGCACUGCUCAUAUUCAAAGUUGGCCUUGCCUCUUUCUGGAAAAACCCUCAGAGAUACAUGCAGAGGUGUGUUUCCAUGCCAAUACUGAACACAGUCAAACCGACGAUGGAGAGGAAACAUCACAUCUUGCAUUUGACAUACGAGCAUUGUUCUUGGUCCAGGUGUCAUUCUCCUUAAGCAAGCCAAGGACUUGCUUAUAUUUAAACACAAUUCAGACUGUUUACAUUGCACAUUGAGUCAGGACAGCAAAAACCCUGGCUUCUCAACCAUUUUGAUUGGUAUCUGCCUCCCCUCCCAAAAAGAAUUGAGGCCUUCUAAGGGGAAAGCUUUUGGGAGCUUGGGACAAUUCCAGAUUGAAGUCCCAAAGCUCCAUAGAAAGUGAACUGCUUAAUGAGCUCCCUGGUCCCAUUGGCAGUUCAAAAGAACAGAUGAUAAAGGUCAUAUGUGUGAUGUUUUAUGACCUAGCACAUUGCACAGUCCUUGCCCAGAUGAGGUACCAAAGAAGAGCUGACCCAGAUGUGAAUCGUUUAUUUUAUGGGUCUAGACCUUGGUCAGAAGUCUCUGCACGCUGUUUCUCGCCUCCUACAGCUUAUAACAGCCUUUAAAACUUCUGCAGGCAAGAUGCCCAAGAGUCAUUCAAUUCAGGCUGGCAGGAAGUUGACUAUUUUAAAGAAAAAAAAAAAAAACCUAAUCUCAUUUGAGUGUGGGGGUAUAUAGAAGAGACUGGAAAUGGAAAGCUGAUGGACAAGCCAUCCAACCACUUGACAUCUUAAUUUUUUUUUAUUUUUAAAGUGUGUGUGUGUGUGUGUGUGUGUGUGUGUGUGUGUGUGUCUUAUGUCCUUACCAUGUGACUGGGCAUAGAUCUGCAGAUGGAAAUAGUGCCCUUUGCUGCUCCUUUCCAAUGACAUUCUUAAGAUCUCUGCUGCCAUUCCCAUCCCCAUGCCUUUCUGCAUGAUGCAGAUGCUCCCCAUCCCAGGAGACAUGCCCAGUCUCUUUCUCUUGGUGACCUGACCUGAGUGUGUUGUGUCCUUGCUGUAGCACCUGUGCUGAGUCCUCAUGGAAAAUUUCCUAAAUUCUCUUGCAAUACUUUUUUUUUUCUUUCUGGAUCCCUGGUUAUCCCAGUGUUGGACCUCCCUGGCUCAUCCCCUCAUAUUUUUAUCUCGUAAGUCUCCCACUUCUGUUUUUAUCUGCUUUCAGGGGGAUUUAUUCCAUCUUCUCUUCUCAACAUGAACGUUUUUUUUUGAAAUUCCUUCUUGUUCUCCGGGUUUUGUUGCAUAGCAUCCUGUCUUCGUUCAGGAGUGUCAGGUUUGGGUGGUUUUUGUUUUUGGGUUUUUUUGUUUUGUUUUUUGGCUGAUGUGUUAAGAGUGUUGCCUGCUCUCGGAAUCGCCUUUGUUUCUUCUCUGUCCCAUAUCUCUUGGUUGGGCUGGGUCUCUGCCUUCCACAUUAUGAAUAGAUCUCCACGUCUAUUCACGUUUCAGGGUGAUGUGUCCAGGAGCUGGCAGGAAGCUCUGACAACCAUCUAGGAAGAUCCUUCUCUAGUGCUGCCCAGUGGCACCCCCGGGAGCCUGCCAUAUCAGUAGUUGCAUGUUUCUUCCGGGGCUUAACUUGCGUUUUCUUACAGGUCUUCCCACCGCUCCCCGCUGGAAAAGAGGGACACAGGCAAGGCUGCCGCUAGCCCCUGCAGUGUACUUGUGCACUCUUAGCGAUGGUGUCCCCUCUGGGCAGAGGCCACCAACCAUACCCGUUUGGUUUAAUUGGCGGAGGACAGCUGUUGUCUCUUUCUCUGAGCAGAUACAGCCCUCAGCUAGGACAGAACAAAGUCUCUGGGUUUUAACUCCAACAUGCUCCCUUGGUCAGGAGCACAAACCAGAGGAUGAGACCCAGAAACCUCUGGGUACUGUGUUCUGGCCCUGAAGUACACAGUCUCAGGAAUUACUAUGUAACCUCCAGAACCUGCUCUUGUCUUGCUUAGUCUGUCCCUGGGUUGCAGUUUUCUCGUUCGCUACGGGGGCAGGAGGUCCACAAAUCAGCACUGAAUCUUACCCUACCUUCACCAUUCCAAACCACAAGCCCAUUUUAGGUGCCACAGUGGGCGGUUCCUCAGUGCUCCACCCUGCAGGCGCACGGUAUGAGGACCCUUCCUGGCCUCUUUCUCUCUUGGGUUCCCCUUCAGCUUUGUUUGGGUGGUGCCUGGCCUUUGACCUGUCCUUUCCUGCCCCUGACUGUGGAACUUCCUCUUCUUUGCAUUUAUUCCAACAGAUGUCAAACGUAAGUAAGCACCUAUGUUCAAUACUCCAUCCUUUGCGACUUUUGCUGCCUUUUGUGUUUGUUCUUUGAGACAUGGUCUUACUAAAUAGUCCAGGCUGGCCAUGAACUCUUGAUCCUCCUGCUCCAUUCUCCCAAGUGCUAGGUUACAGGCAUACACCACCAUGCUCGGCUUCUGUGUGGCAUCUUGAUCCAUAAAUGCCUCUGUGUUUUCUUGCUGGUUGAGUUAGGUGGCUCACCAUCCUGCUGACUUCAUUAUCAGCUUGUCUUGGAUGAAUCUUCUGAAGCCAUGAGAUGUCAAGGGUAGGAGAGCAUCAGGCGGCACAAGGAAGCUCUGUUUGCAGGUCAUGGCUCAGAGUGGUCCUUUUUCUCUUAUAUUUCCAGUUUUGCCACCUGCUCCCACGGAAAAUUUAAAUCUCUGAAAUCCUUACAAGACACAGUCUAUGAGGUUACAUGGUUUCUAGCCCCACUGUGCCUGGCACCCAGCUCCCCACUUCCAGGAGAAUGUCCACACUGGCAUUUGCCAGACAGCAGACAAGGUUCUUUACCAGUUGGUGUCUGGACUGUGGGGAGGAUUUCCCCCUAAAAGUGUGUGGCUUUCCCUAGCUGUCGGUGACAGAGCCUGGGGGUUCCUGACAGGUGUGACCUUGGAGGAGAAAUAUGCUCCAACACUCUAUCUCCAGGCCAGUGUUUCUCCACUGCUGGGCUCAGCCUAGAUUGAGCAGCAUUCACCUGCACUGUAAGCAGUGGCAUCAAGAGGGCAAGGCUUCUCCAAGUCAUAGUCUGGUGGUGUUGGGGCUCAUGUGAAGGUCUAAUACCUUCUUCAGAGAUGAAACUGAGGCAGAGGAUCAAAAGUGACUCUCCAGCAACAAUACCAACACAGGCAAUUCAGUAAGGCAUUAUGUCAAAACAAACAAACAGAAACAAAGAAAGCAAAAAUGAGGAAAGAUAGACUCAUCACCUUUGUAGCUAGUGACUUUGGUGUGGACAUUCCUUCCCACUGAAGGUUUAUAUGAAACUCCAGCCACCCUUAGUGAGGCCUCAGAACACCCCUGGAGCGCAUCUCGCCAAGUCAACCAAUGAAUAGUGAGGGCACCUUGGAAGAACAUAAUGAGCCUGGCUUCCAUUGUGAGAGCUGUCUCUUUCUGUGGAUGUCACUUGCUUGAUGAAGUCAACUCCUUCCUUGUGAGUUCAUCUCUUCCUCAAACUGCAGAGGGCUGAGUGAAGUCUGAGGCCUAGCCUCCCUCUCCCUCUUGCUUGGAGACACUGUCCUUAGGAGUCUCCACUCAUUUUUCUGUCUGGACUCAGGAUGAGGCAAGUACAGCAUCCAGGAUCUGAGUAGCAGCCAAGUCUUCUAGCUUGGCCAUCAUCUAUGGUCCUGAUGAGGCAGCUGUUCUCAUGAGCACUUCCAGGACCUAGGCCGAGUGGCUGCAGAUUGUUAGUACUGGGUUUGUUUGUUUUGUUUUUUUCUCAUUGGCCGAAAAUUGCUAUGGAGGUUUCCACCCAUUAGCCAACGUGAGACAGCCCAGAGUGACACAGAAAAGCCAUGCCUACACUGUGCCUCAUUCCCUGACAUUUACUGGACUAUGGCUUCUGCCAGCUUCUCUCUAGUCCCACGAUACCUUAUCGCCAGCUGCCCAGUCUUAAAUCUAGCAGCUUUUACAAGAGGAAGUGUUAAGCCAUUGUAUACUUGUAAACUCGCUUGGCCCUGCCAACAGUCCAGGGAAGUAUUUUCUUCAGGGAGGAUCAAAAACACUGGAAAGAGUCAACAGGUGGCCACAGCUUAGAGCCAACAACCUCCGACUUUUGUGAUGAACUUCACUGCUUAGAAAUACAGUGAUAACCUGAGGAGACUCUGAUUCUGAGGUAGCAGUCUAUUUGGGAGUUGUGGAUGGGUUUCUGAGUCAGCCCUUCCUUACGAGUAUACCCUCUCUCUACCCCACCAACCUGUGUCAUAAGCUCUUAAAUCCCUCAGGAGUACGUGAAAUCCAUGGUUAACCUACAAACGCAAAUUUACAACAACAGCAACAAAAUGUUGGCCUCCAGCUUUGUAGCAGUAAAAUCUCAUCAUCCAAAACCAAACACACAGCCUCACAGUCACUUCGGUCAACACCAUGUCCUGCCCCAAACUGCUCCCCCUCUCUCCCUCCAACACAUGUUUCUCAGAGAAAGAAUUCAGGUUUUCUUUCUCCUCUAAACAUAAACCUAGAGAAAGAAGCAUUUAGUGAAAAAUAAGGAUUAAAGCCAGCCAUGGUGGUGCACACCUAUAAUCCUAGCACUGAGGAGUCUGGGGCAGGAAGGUUUGCCAGCCUGGACCGGGGAGUAAAAUGCUAUCUCAACAAAACAAAACAAAUCAAACCAAUUGCCCCCCCCAAAAAAAACCCCACAAAAUAAGCUUUAAAAAGAAUUAUUUUUAUGUGUGUGAAUGUUUUGCCUGAAUGUAUAUAUUUGUACUCCGUGUAUAGUGCCCUGAGAGUCCAGAAUAGGGUGUUGGAAACCCUGGAACUGGAGUUACAAAAAGUUUUGAGCCAAACCCAGGUUGUCUGUGAGAGCAGCCAGUGCUCUUAAAUCACUGGGCCAUUUCGAAAACCCUGCAAAUAAAUUUUUUAAAGUGUCAAAACAAUGGCAGAAGGCUGUGAAUUCCUUGGAUGAAGUCAUAAUCAACCUAUUACAUGGGACUCCUUUUUCUUUAAGUUUAAAAGUCAUGAACUUUGCAUUGUUAUUUACAAAAAGAAAAAAGAAAAAGUAAUAGAAAAAUCCCACUUGUUUCAGCAAAUGCUUUUUUUCCAGGACAUCAAAAGUCAGUAGACUAAGACUGCAAGGCUGUGAGCAAAGGACAGCCAUAGAAUGCCUGUGUCCUUAAAUGCCCCGUGAGGAAUGAGACAUGUUUUAAAGGAAAGUUGGGAAGUUCCCAGGUCUACAGCAGCCUCUGGUCUGGAAAUCACUCCCUGGCUCAGCCAUGGCACUUUACCUCUCUGGCUGGAAGGCUGAAGGACCGAAAACAAAAGCCCUUUGGGUUUUAAAGUUUCAGGCUCAGCAAGGCAUCUCUUUGUUUUCAUCUCAGUGCAUGGCCUGUUCACUCCAUAAAUGCACUUGUGUAAAUGAAUAGACUGCCAAACUUUAGCGCUUGGUUUAGUGUCCAAGAAAGGUGCCUUGGGAAGAAGUUUGGUCAGCCACGGGUAGCCUUACUGUCACAAGGUUUGGAGUAGAACUUGGGGAGCUCUAAGUCUACACCCCAGACAGUUUCUGGGUGGAUGGGGGUUUCUUUGAAAUUCAAAAAUUCAGCUGUAAGGAUAAUUAGGUAUAGGCGACUGCCUGGAUCUUUCCAUCACUCCCAGCCUUUCCCUCUUACACUAGCAAAGAGAGCUGUGUAGAGCAUCCUUGGGGAGGGAGUGGUAUGGAGGUUAGGGUCUACAGUAAAGGGUGAACCUGCCUUCUGCCCUUGAAGUUGGACCUAAGAUGCUCCUACCUGCAUUAUUUACUUUUGUGAUGAUAACACCAGCCAAAGACAAACAGGAAAAUGGGCUCCCAAGCGUUGUUGGGACAGGUUGUUUAGCCUGGAGACAGGACUGUGUUCAGAGUAUAGCCCCUGAUACUGACCAGUGUUUCAUUUUUUUCACAGCCUGAGAUAUAGUUAGCAAACUUAAUGCUUUCUCAGUGGCAUGGUAGAGGACUUCAUGGCUUGUGCCUGAAAGUUGCAGAACUGCUGGGGACAAAAGCAAAAUGUUAUUUUGUGGUACAAGGAUUAUUUUUGUCUAUUUAGUGUGCCUAGCUAUAGCUUUAUUAAAACAAAGGGAUCUUUGUAAAAAAAAAAUGCUGUACAAAUGUGCGCUCUUAUUUAUUGAUUAUUGUAAAUGAAGAUAUAAAUGGAUAUUUGCAUAAUUUAUACCUGUGGGAAAGUCCUUGGAGUAUUUGUUACUUGACUGUUUUCUAUCAUGGAACAUUGGGCCUGGUGCUAUGAUGAAUGACCUUGUAAAAUCACAUGUAUUCUUAAGAAAAAUUUUCAAUAUAAAUUUCUUGAAGUGA